UUAUAUAUGGUGUAUUUUCUUUAGUGCUUGUAAUAGAAUUAUUUACACUUCCAUAUCAUUACUGCCCAAAUAUACACAGGAGCCUGACUUGGUCCAUAGUUACAUGCUCAAAUCACUUCAGAUAACUAGUUUCACAUACUGUCAGAAGCACUGAAAGAAUUAAAGAUUAACAUAGUAUUCAGCAUUAGCUACGAUUUUAGGCGAGACUAUCACUGAUCUGUGUUAACUGUGAGGAUAUACGAGAUUAGCACAGUAAUCUGCGUUAGCUGUGCAGAUAUGCAAGAUUAGCACACUAAUCUGCGUUAUCUGUGCAGAUAUACGAGUUACAGUAAUCUGUGUUAGGUAUGCAGGUAUACAAAAUUAACAGUAAUAUACGUUAUCUGUGAGGAUAUACGAUAUUAGCAGUAAUAUUUGUUAGCUCUGUGGAUAUGAGAUUAACAGUAAUCUGCAUUAUCAGAGGAUAGAAGAGAUUAGCACAGUAAUCUACAUUAUCUGUGAGGAUAUAUGAGAUUAACAGAGUAAUCUUCGUUAACUCUGUGGAUAUGAGAGUAACAGUAAUCUGCGUUAUCAGAGGAUAUAAGAGAUUAGCACAGUAAUCUACAUUAUCUGUGAGGAUAUAUGAGAUUAACAGAGUAAUCUUCGUUAACUCUGUGGAUAUGAGAGUAACAGUAAUCUGCGUUAUCAGAGGAUAUAAGAGAUUAGCACAGUAAUCUACAUUAUCUGUGAGGAUAUAUGAGAUUAACAGUAAUCUUCGUUAGCUGUGAGGAUAUACGAUGUUAACAGUAAUCUGCGUUAGCUGUGAGGAUAUACAAGAUUGACACAGUAAUCUGUGUUAGCUGUGAGGAUAUACGAGAUUGACAGUAAUCUGCGUUAGCUGUGAGGAUAUACGAGACUGAUGCCGUAAUCUUCAUUAGCUGUGAGGAUAUAUGAGAUUAACACAGUAAUCUUCGUUAGCUGUGAGCAUAUACGAGAUUAACAGUAAUCCUUGUUAGCUGUGAGGAUAUACGACGUUAACACAGUAAUCUGCGCUAGCUGUGAGGAUAUACGAGAUUGACACAGUAAUCUUCGUUAGCCAUCUCCAUACAGAUCCAUAUGCACUUACACCUAGCUAAUCUUCGUAGCCAGCUAACUGCUUCUUUGAAUGCCGAGGCGCACAAAAUGAAACUAAAACUUCAACGUAAACAGUCAACAUCGGGUUGGGGAUAACGGAGGUGAUGUCGACAUCCAGGGCUUAAAAUAUUAUGCAGAUGAUUAAGGGGGUCGAUGGAUGAAAAUGUGCAGAGUCUCUCUCUACAUUCCCAUCAGCCCAAGAUUGUAUACAAUGGGUCAGGUGGGGAUGGUGAAACAGAGGAGGAUGAUCUGGCAGUAGAGCUGCAGGAGGCUGUUCUGGUCUCCAGCGUGGAGGGGUCUGGGAUGGAGGAACUGGUCAUUCAGGACGCCAUCGAGGACGUGGUGGCGGAGUAUGUACAGUGCAGUGGGGAGGGAGAGGGGGGCCUGAGUGCUGCUGCCGUGGAGACCUGUGUGAUGUCACCCGACAUGUCUCUGGAGGGCGAGGGGCUCCAGGUGGAUGUGCUGACUGCGUCUCAGGUGCAGGACGAUCCAGAUGCCUGUGAGGACUACCUGAUGAUCUCCUUGGAUGAAACAGGGAAGAUCGUGGCAGACGCAAAUGGUAAAAUCACGAUGGAGGGAACAGCCGAGGAUGAAGAAAAGGACAUUGAGGGUCGAGAUGUCAUCAAGGUGUACAUCCUUAAAGCUGACUCUGGAGAGGAAGACCCUGGUGGCAGUGUGGAUAUAGGAGAUACCGAUAUAGACGUAGACGAGAGCGUGGAGUUGGUGGACUCGUCUGUGCUGCCCAUCAGCAAUAAAAUGGUCUACAUGUCUAUGGGUGAAGCCAGUCAAAACCAGGAUGACAUCAAUGUCACUAAGCUCACAGAUGAAGUAUACAUGGAGGUGGUGAUAGGGGGCGAGGAUCCCUCCAAUCCCCAGCGGCCGUUCGAUAGUGUGACACUCAGGAAAGAAUUCAUACCUGCAGCUUGGGCCACAGCCUACGGCCAAGAGGAGCCUGAGAGCUUUGAGAACAGGAACGGAGCAGCAAGUGCCGUGCUUCACGUGGAGGAGAGUCACGUGAUGGAGGGUCACGUGACGGAGAAGCUCAGCCGUCCCCGGAGCAAAACCAGGAAUAAAAAACACCCAGCAUCUCAUCACAUCCACACAGCGAUCAUCAUUGGACCACAGGGUCAACCACUCACAGUUUACCCCUGCAUGCUGUGUGGGAAGAAAUUUAAGUCCCGCGGUUUUCUGAAGUGCCAUGCCAAGAAUCAUCACCCAGAAGCCAUAAGCCGAAAAAAGUACCAGUGCACAGACUGCGACUUCACCACCAACAAGAAAACCAACCUGAACAACCACAUGGAGGUCCACACCCAGAGUAGCAAGGCAGCGGCAUUCGAGUGCGAGACGUGCAGGAAGGAGUUCCGCCAGCAGGCGGCGCUCUUCUCCCACCGGCUGCAGCACCACCCCCACCACCGAGAGCCCAAGCUGCAGAUCCCCCCAACCACCACCAAAAUGCACAGCUGCAAGUUCUGCAACUACGAGACGGCUGAGCAGGGACUCCUCAACCGUCACCUGCUGGCGGUGCACAGCAAGAACUUCCCCCACAUCUGCGUGGAGUGCGGGAAGGGUUUCCGCCACCCAUCGGAGCUGAAGAAGCACAUGAGGACUCACACGGGCGAGAAGCCCUAUGCCUGCCUCUACUGCGACUACAAAUCGGCUGACUCCUCCAACCUGAAGACGCAUGUGAAGACAAAGCACAGCAAGGAGAUGCCGUACAAGUGUGAGCGCUGCUUCCAGACGUUCAGCGAGCCGGAGGACCUCCGCCGGCACACUCUGGCGCAUGAGGAUGCCAAGAGCCACCAGUGCGGCCACUGCGAACACCGCAGCUCCAACUCCAGUGACCUGAAGCGCCACGUCAUCUCCGUGCACACCAAGGAUUACCCACACAAGUGCUCCGCCUGCGGCAAGGGCUUCCACCGGCCAUCGGAGCUGAAGAAGCACGCGGCGGCGCACCGCGCUAAGAGGCUGCACCAGUGCAGACACUGCGGCUUCAAGAACGCUGACCCGUUUGUGCUCAGCCGCCACAUCCUGUCUGUGCACACCAAGGAGCAGAAGGCCUUCCCUGACGGCACAGGUCCGAAGAAGGUGCUCAUGCUCAGGGCUCACGGUGGCAGAAAGGUUCUGGGUGGGUCUGGGGUGUCCAAGAUCCGCAGGGAACGGCGGGUGUACCAGUGCCAGUACUGCGACUACAACACAGGUGACGCCUCGGGCUUCAAAAGGCACGUCAUCUCCAUCCACACCAAGGAGUACCCACACCGCUGCGACUUCUGCUCCAAGGGCUUCCGUAGGCCUUCAGAAAAGAACCAGCAUAUCGCAAGACACCACAAAGACCUGGUGUAGGCUGCAUGAGCCUGACGACCUCCAGAAAGGUCCGGGCUUCUCAUUUAGUGCUCAUUUAGGGCUCGUUUGGUGCCUGUGAUGGUGCUCCCUGCAGGAACAGGUGCCCAAGACGGACACGGGGCUCAAUGAAAGAAUAGGGCGCCUGAUGGAAAGUGGGAAAGGCCCUUAAUGUCUUUACGUUCAGUCGACUUGCUGGUGUGGGCUUAAGUUUUUGGUUUUUUUCUACUGUUACAAGAUCACUGGGAAGGGCUCAGAAAUGUAGCUGAGAUUAAUCAGAUUAUGAGUUCAAAUUUUUAUUUGAUAACGUUCUCAUAUAGCAUCAUGUUUGUGAGAGCCCUACCAUUUGAUUUUCCCAAAACAUGAGCUUUCUUGAGCGACUGCUAGAGGCAAGACCGUUAGACAAGGAAAACAGAAAAACAAGGUCUGAACUGAAACCAUCUUGUGAUGUUGGUAUGCCUGGGGAGAUAGAGAAAGGGUGCCUGUGAGCUCUGGAGCGCUGAUGGCUUUCCUUGAGGAGUCUGAUCUAAAUAAAGGCGUCUUAAGUUAGCAGACGGAAGCUACUUCAACCUGAAAAGUGUUUAACUGCUCAACUGCUUUUUAGCACGUCACAAGCUCAGCCAAAAUAGGGUGCAUAGAAUGAUGUUUACUGCAAAUGCAAAAGAAAAAAUAUCUACUCACACAAAUUAGGAAUUGAUCUAAAGCCACAGAUCAUGUGUUAAUGUUUGUUUGUGUUUAUUUUGUUUGUUUUAUGAGACAUGAAUGAUGUAUGUGCAUUUAAAUGGUGCUCCUCUGCUCUCGGUUCAGUUGUGUGUGCAUUGCUUGUGUUUAAUUAAUGUGGAGUCACUCAGUGGUGCUAAAUCUUUAUUUACUGAUGACUGAUGGUCCUACACAUAAGAUACAAAAGCUUACUUAAAGUUUAUCUGCAUUGGUCAGAAACUUAAUCAUCCUCCUUUGAUCAUCCUCCUUUGAUCAUUCUCAUUUGAUGCAUGGAACAUAUUUCUGAAGAUGAUUCAAAUUAGUACAUGGAUUUUAAGUACAGAAAUAUCUUGUGUGUAAGACCUUCAAUAGUACUAAAUGUGGUUCCCCUUCUGGUAGCAGAGAGUAGCAGGAGAGAAGCACCUGACCAUUGAAAAGGCUAACAUAUAACUUUGAAUAGAUAUAUUCUGAAAAGUGUGUGUACAUAAUAUUUGUAAAUAUAAAGUUAUUAAACAAUAUUUUGUGGUCGA